AGCUGUGUUGAUGAGGAACCCCUGAGGAGUCAUGGCAGUGGCUGCUAUUCUCCACGGUGUCCAGCUGCUCUGCCCCCACACCUGCAGAGUUGACCCCAGUCCCUCUGCUCUCAGAAGGGCCCAGCUGCCAUGACGGACACAGCACUAGAGGAAUCCCUCUUCCAAAUCAUCCACAGCUACCACCAGUAUGCGGCCCGCGAGGGUGACGUGGAGACCCUGUCCCUGGAAGAGCUGAGGGCCCUGCUCAUGGACAACGUGCCCCGCUUCAUGGACAGCCUGGGCCGGAAGGAGCCGUACUUCAUCACUGAGCUGUUCCGGGCGGCGGACAAGGACAAGGACAACCAGAUCUGCUUCGACGAGUUUCUGUACAUCCUGGGCAGGCUGCUGAGGGACUACCACCUGCAGUACCACCGGCAGCUGUGCGCUCACUACUGCACCCAGCACGGCCUCUACUAGACCUAGCAGGGCAGCCUCCCUCAGGGGCCUGCCUGAGAGCCGCGUGACCCAGCAGUGGGCGGUGGA